AAAAUUAGGAAGCUGUUUGGGAUUCAGUCCCUGUCUAAGCAGCGACCAGCUUAUUUGGCAACCGGAGAGGCAGCGGGCAGGGCUGCGAAGGGAUCUCCGGGAAUCCUUAGAAGACUCACGGGGUAAAUAAACUAAAACUCAACGCGCGGAGGUCCCGGGAAAAGCGGCUAGUGAGCGUCUCCGCUUCUCAGAGCAAAGAUGUCUGAGGAGGCGGUGCGCCAGACACGCAGCCAGAAGAGGGCACUGGAGCGGGAGACGCCGGCCCUCGAUGGAGACUUGAAACGAGUGAAGCUGGAAAGAGGGGAACUCGGUUCUAGCAAAGUGGCAAACAUCCUGAAGGCUGGUGAGGUGAAAGCCACCAUCAAAGUGGAGGUGCAGGCAGAUGAUGAGCCUGUGGACAUGAGGACGCCCCGCAGUGAAAUAAAAAAAGAGAGGCCACCAACGCCAGAUGACGUGAUUGUUUUAUCAGACAACGAGCCGGGCAGUCCACAAAUUAAUGGAAUCAGCCACAGCUUGAAGAAAACCGAUGCGGAGAUGCUCAUGAAGAGCAGCCCUGAAGAGCGUCAGAGGUUUAUCAAGCAGCUAAAGGAGGAGCUGCGUCUGCAAGAGGCCAAGCUGGUGCUGCUCAAGAAACUCCGUCAGAGCCAGAUCCAGAAAGAGAGUGUGGUGCAGAAGACAACCAAUUCCACAUCCAAUCCCCCACCUCUUGUAAGAGGCAGCAUUUUAUCCAGCAAAGCUCCACUGCAGGUGUCCUCUAAUAGAAGCUCAGGCACCGUCAUUCCUCCUCCUCUGGUGCGGGGUGGUGCACAGGGUUCCAAGCAUACAUCAAUAGUGAUGCCACCCUUAGUCAGAGGCUCACAGCCCAUUGCUGUGACUCCUCAGCAGAUAGCGACAUUGCGUCAGCAGCAGCACUCUGGCUCUGGUCCUCCUCCUCUGUUGCUGGGUCCUCGCACCUCUGUGCCCAAUGUUCAGGUGCAGGGUCAGAGGAUCAUUCAGCAGGGCCUGAUUCGUGUGGCCAACGUAGCUAACACCAAUGUCCUGGUCAACAUCCCACAGGGCUCGCCUACUGCGUUGAAGGGUUCUUCAGUCUCCUCCCAGUCAGGUAUCGGCACCAACGCCUCCACGGUUAAUACUAAUGACUCCCCCGCCAGCCGACAGGCUGCUGCCAAGCUGGCUCUACGGAAGCAGCUGGAAAAAACCCUAUUAGAGAUCCCUCCUCCAAAACCCCCUGCACCAGAGCUCAACUUCCUCCCUUCGGCUGCCAACAAUGAGUUUAUCUACCUGGUGGGACUGGAGAUGGUGGUACAGAACCUGCUGGAUCUGGCCAAAAGCAAACAGCAGCCCCAACAGGGCAGCCCCCCGAUAGCGUCACCUGUGAAGGAGCCAUUUACGUGUGCGCAGUGCCACACAGACUUCACCUCACGCUGGAGACAGGACAAGAGUAACAGCUCAAUCCUGUGUGAGCAGUGUAUGAGUUCCAACCAAAAGAAAGCCCUGAAGGCCGAGCACACGAACCGGCUAAAGGCAGCAUUUGUCAAGGCCUUGCAGCAGGAGCAGGAGAUCGAGCAACGCAUCCUUCAGCAGUCUUCCUCAUCCUCUCCAAAGAGUUCGGCUGCCUCUUCGUCUUCCUCAUCCUCGCCAGUGGUGAAGUUGGAGCAGCACGUGCUGGUGUCUCCGCAGUAUAAAACGGGACGAUCCUCACUGCCUCAGCAGCAGUCAAACAGGGCAACUGUCAGUCGCUACCCCUCCAGCACCGUUAAGCAAAGUCCAGGACAGGUGGUGCGUACUGUGCCCCAGGUGGUGGUCAGCGCAAGUUCACGUGGCAUGAGCCGCAGCUUCUCUACGUCCAGUCAGCUGCAUAAUGCAGUGACUGCUGCCGGGCUGGUCAGCAGACCAGGUAAGCAUGCUGGGAGGGCUGGGCCAAAUAGCAGCAACAGCAGAGCCAGCAGCAGCAGUAAGGCCACCAUCAGUAGCAGUAAGGCCACCACCAGUGUCUGGAGGAAACAGAGCAGCACUCCCACAGGUGUCACUAUGGCCUACGUCAACCCGAGUCUGUCCGUACUCAAGACAACCUCUCCAGCAGAUCGUCAGCGGGAGUAUCUCCUCGACAUGAUCCCGUCCCGCUCCAUCUCCCAGACGACAAAUAAUUGGAAAUGAUGCCUCCCUCUAUCGCCGCUGCUCCUUCACUGAUCUCUCAUUAUAGAAGUCCUGGACACCAGUUGGAUAUUAUUAGAUAACCAGCUACAAAGCAAUAAAAGCAUUUCUCUGUUUACUGGAGACCUGUUCAAGCAGAAAUAAUCCUGAGACAAUAAGUCCUGAGAGACUGGCUGAAGGAUCAGAUUUAACACGGUGUGUGUGUGUGUGUGUGUGUGUGUGUGUGUGUGUGUGUGUGUGUCGGACCUUUUGGAACAGGCUGUGUAUGCAUCAGGUCUGUUUAUAUGCCUCAUUGGUUGCAGUGAUUCUGCCACAUCCACACUGGUGAUGUCCAUUGCUCACUGGUCUCCUUCAUCUCCAUGUUUGUGUUUCUGCUGCUGAUGGGAUUCUUUUGGUAUACAAGGUGAAUUGGUAACCCCUUCAUUUUAGCAGACAUGUCUCCUUCCUCUUGAAGGAAACCAGGAAGGUUGUGUGAGAUUAUUAUUAUUAUUAUUAUUAUUAUUAUUAUUAUUAUUAUUAUUUUUAACUCUGAGGACCAUCUAAAAAUGCUUCAGCUUUGUAAAACACAUUUUCAGUGUGGUUCACACAUGCUGUCUUUUAAAUAAUACAAUGGGAGUGCAAAAUUAUGUAAUUCUGAUGCUUUUCGGAGCUCCCCCCCCCCCCCCCCCCCCUUUUUUGUUUUGUUUUUUUUGUUUUGAGGUGUCCUUUUUUGAGGGCUGACGUAAAAGGUAUUGUACUGUUAAGGUGGUUUUACAUCUGCCAGUUUAGUGUGUAUUUUUAAAUGGUAAAAUAAGCUUAAAAUAAAAAAAAAAACUUUUUUUUGGGUGGUUACUGAACUGCCACAAUGGGACUACUGUUUGUGCUUUUUGUUUUGUUUUGAAUUUUUGUCCUUUUUUUCAGCUCUUCAAAUCGUGGACACAAUUUUUUCUAGAGGGGGGAAAGGGACAUGGGUGGGGAUUUUGGUUAAGUGUGGUGUGUGUGGGUUCCCCCCCCCUUUCAUUAUUUCUCUUUCAUGCUUUUGAGGUUAUAUUUGUAAAUGGGGAUAUUUAAAACUGUACAUGGGUAUGCUUCACUUUAAAUGAAGGAUAAUUCAGUGGCUUAGACUGUUUGAACUACUUGAUCAUAGUUUUCUGUAAGAAGUUUCAUUCAGCUGAAGACUAAAUUCAACAACAGAAACACCUGGAAUGUCUUUGUAUAACUGUGUCAGAAACUGAUUUGUCAAUACUACAGAGUUUAAUGCUAGUAGAAAAGCAUUGUGCAGGACAGCACACAUUUGGUUUUUGCUUAUUAGAGAUAAUAAGCAGUUAUCUUGUGUAACACUGCUCAAAUGUCAGACUGAAUGCAGGGGAAGUUAAUUUAACGAUUGAAUAUUUUGUCCCCCUCCCCUCCCAGCUCCUGUUCUGUUGCUUCUAAACUAAUUUAGUUGCUGGCAGUGUGCCUGUGAUUUCAGUUAAGCUGGAGGGACUGGUAGUCCAUGAUCAUAAACCUUUUUUUUUUUUUCCCUCCACAUCACUCUUCUUUACAAAAGCCUGUAAGUGAAUACUUGCAGCCAGCUUUUAGUCAUCUGAUAGCCACCACGAGUAUGUAGAGGUGGAGUUCUUACUGUUCCUAAGCUCUCUCAGGGUCUGAGCUGCCUGUUGUGUAAGGAGGCCUGUGUCAGACUGUGGUUCUGACUACUGUCUGCUGCUGCUGAGAGUUAAUGCCAUUCCAUUGUCCAGGGAUGCCAGCACUGUAUGCAUCCCUUUUCUGAGUUGUACAAAAAAAAAAAAAAUCCCCGUUUUCAUUUAUUUUUGGUCUGUCAGUUCACAAUUAUAAUAAAAACUAAGUUUAA